UUGUUUUCUCGGCCCAGCAUCAGCGCGCCAGCGGUGUGUUCUCUUCGCGCACGCGUCAGCCAGGCCGCCCUCAGAUAAAAGGCACCAGCCUCCCCGACCAUGCUCCCCAUCAGCUUUUCUGUCCACGAAACCAACUUCUUCGCUUACACCGACGCACCCACACUUCUUACGACCUCUCACGACCGUAUACGUUCUUGCCUAUAGACGCCGGCAUUCUAAUCUCACGAUAGUCCAACUAAUAUCGUUCAUCCUCGUUAUCGCAACAACCCAAACCCAUACUUCACCACCAUGCGCCCGACCACCGCUGUCGUUCGUCCCCUCACCACCCGCUACACCCCUCGCCACUUCGUUGGCCGGGGUGUCCGUCUCUCGCCGCGCGCGAGCAAUCCAUCGCCACACGCGCGAGGCAUCCUCACGCUGAAGGACCAUGUUUACUUCGCGAGGUCCACCGCUGAAGGCUCCGGCCGGAUAGGCGGUGUCGUCAAGUCCUUCGGUGACUCGCCCCUCGAGUUCAACAUGGACAUGCCCAAAGUUGCCGGCGGGAAGGGUGAAGGCAUGAAUCCCGAGCAACUCUUCGGAAUGGGCUACGCCACCUGCUUCCUCGGAUCGCUACAGCUCAUGGCCGCAAGAGCGGGCAAGAAGGAGCUCGCGGAGAAGGCGAAGGUGCACACGAAGGUCUUCCUCGGGCACCCCGAGAACCCUGACCUCGAGGGCCUUGGCCUCCGCGUCGAGGUCGGUGUCGAGGGCAUUGACGACGACGACAUCAUCGCCGCUGCGCACGAUUUCUGCGUAUACAGUCGCGCGCUGACCCAGGGUUGCGAGGUCAACGUCGUGAAGGUCUGAGCGCAUGUCACGCAUACGUCAUUUCUGACGGUCCGUCGGCGCCGGUCCUGGUCUGGUCCCUGGACUUGUCCAUCUGUGUAUAUGAUCUGCGAUCUUUCGCUGUGGAUAUUUGUCGCCUGUGACAUAU